AUGUCUCGGCAGGUCGAGUGCGAAGGCGUGGAAGAAGACCGGCUGUGCGAAGACGACGUGGAGCGCAGAAGAGAGCGGCUCGCCCUGACUACGGAGAUGAAUGUCUCCGCCGAGAUGAAAGACGAGACGAAGCCGAAGCUGCGCGGACCGAGGCGCUCGCACGACCACGUGGACGAGGCACUGGGCGGAACCAGUCACGCGAGGAGUCAGAGCCUGGUGACCAGAGGGAGUGUAGAGGCACUGUAUGGUGUACGUACACCCGACAGCUGUCGCUCGCGCUACCGAUCUGACGGCUACCUCACAGAGGACAGCGCGACGCUGAGAGAUGUGUCUUCUGAAGAGCCGGACAUCGGGCUCUCCAGCCGAGCCUCUUCUCGCCGGCCUCACCCUCACAGAAUCCUCGGCGUGACCGCGGACGCUGGGCACUUGAUGAAGUUGGGGAGCACCGCAGGUGACAGCGAGCCAGAGAGGACGGGGCCGGCGCGCCCGCACGCGCACGCAGCACGCGACGCCCCACUUGCGUCCGGUGGACGCGAGGAAGAUCAACUCGAGACAGCCCGAACCCGAGUGGAAUAUGAAUUCGAAGACGGCGGAAGAGGUCGCGAGCGCCGACGGCAACGCCUUUCCUCUGCUUCAGUCAGGCGAGGCCGCUCGCGAACUGCCAGUUGCGGCGACAGACGGGCCAGCGUUCCCGCGACCAGCGAAAGCACGCAGGGAGAAGCGGAGGAGGACGAUCAAGAAGACGUCUUCACGGCGCGCAGUCGAGCGUCUGUGAAGGAACAGAAGAGACUGGCAGCCUUCUUUGGCACCUCGAAGCUUGCCUCGCUGCCCUGUUUGUACAUCGUUAGCACAAACCACAACCGUACGCCAAAAACAAACAAGAUUCUAUGCGGCCCAGCCUCGGGGGGUCCCAUUGACCUGGCACGCCAGCCCGCACGUGCUGUGUCGGCGUGCAUGGUUCUCUCUAUGGCCAUCGCCCUCGAGAUGAUCACCGAGUUUCUGUCGCGAUUUCCGAACCACGUGGCGACCGAGUAUUGGGGCAAGACGCACGUCUUCAGGUCGACUUUCCGCCGGUUAGAAGACGUCGACGCCAUUUUCGCAAACUGUCCUGAAGGCGCCUUCAUCGCAGAAAUGCCAGGACAAAGAUGGAAAGUGCAGCUGAUUUUCACGCGCUCCCUACCUCCGCCGAUGAGCUUCGUCGUCGACGACGCUGCGCUCACGUGCGCUUCUCCCCAGCACCACCCCGAGGAUGCCUCCCCAGCGACGGAGGCUGUUGCUGCAUUGCCGGCAUCGUUCCUCGGCGCUGCCGGCGUCUCUGCGCCAUCGAGCACCAAGCCCUCCGGCGCAGCGGCGUUUCGCAGCGGGCGCGCGAGCUCCCGCGGAGGCCGUGGCGAAGGAGACGCCUUCUGGCAAGACGCAGGCGACAGGGGCGAAGGGGACGCCGACGGCGGCGGACACGCAGACGCAGGGCGAGGAGGCGAAGGGACGACAAGACUGGCCGCGGGGGAAGAGGAGGGAGUCCGCGAGAGCGAGCCGGGCUCAGCGCGUGAAAGGCAGGAGGCGAACGGCGAAGUCGAGCCCCCGAGAGCCACGGAGACGGGCGCGCACGGGGCGCGCCAGCAAGAGACUCGCGAGAAGGCAGUCGAGGAGGAGUGCAGCGGGCAAGAAACAGACUUGGCCUCCGAGACGGGUGCCGACCUUGAGACGCAGAAGGAGGGUCGACAGGAGCCCUGCGCAGCUCGCGAAGGCGAGGACGCGGAAGGCCACUUCGGCGGCGAGACACUCGAAGAGACACGAGCCUCAGUUCGCGCUAGAAAUGACGCGGAAACGAGUCAGCCGCGCGCUCCCUCUGCUGCUCCCUCUGUGUCUGCGGAAGAAAGGCGAGAAAAGGAAUCGACGCCAAGCUUCCCUCAGCAGCCGACGGCGGCCGGAGCCAGAACGGGAAAGCGAAUCACGCUGCAGAGGCGACACCUUGAAGGUUUCGUACACACGCGCGCGCCUGCAAAAGUGCAGCAAGCAUGCAGAGCUCGUGAGGCUGCACCGGAGGCAGCUGCGGAGGAACGAGGCGGCCACGCCGCAAAUCCUGCCCAGACUCCUUCACGCGCGUCCCACGCUGCGCCUCCUCUCUCCGCUGCUCCCUCUGCUGCCCCAGCGUCUCCUUCGUCUCUUCCGUGGCGGCUUUUUCCGCUGAGUUCGCCGCCUGCUGCUUCUUCGAGUUGCUUGGGGCCCGCGACACCUCGUUCUCGCUCCUCCUACUCUCUGCGUUUCUUGCGGACUGUUCCAGCGUCUUCGGGAGCUCUCCCUCACUCAACUCCGUCGCGUUCUUCGUAUUCGUCGCGCCUCACCCCUCAGCGUCUUGCUUCUUCGCUGGAGUCUGAUGGGACCCCAGGCGACCGCGCGGCACGCGCGCAGGCUGCGGCGUCGAUUCCGGCGGUCGCCGUUCGCUCUUUGUCUUCGUUUCCGCUCUCCUCUUCGGUUUCGUCCACGACUGAAUUUCCGCCGUCUCGGCCGAAACCCCGCAGAAGUCUGCGAGCCCCGAGCUCUGCGUCGUUCGCACCUGGCGAAAGCGAGAAAGGCCCGUUGGAGUCGCGACUCAUCCAGCGCAUGCGAUUGAGACAACAGCGGCUCCGCCCUGUAGAGGGACUUGUAUUUGUUUCUCAUCCUGUCUUCCUGCAGAGUAGUCCGCAGGCAAGCCUCAACUCCCGAGGCGACGCAUCCGUGAAUGUGCGGGAAGGAGAAGACGCAGAAGAGGCAGAAACUAAGGAGACCGGGGGCGACGGGGUGCGGACUCAUGUCGAGGGAGGCGACGCGAAGCAACGCGACGAUGGCCAACACGCACGUCUUGAGGCAGACGACGGAAACACAAACUUGAAGGACUUGCCCGUGGCGACGGCCUCGCAGGAGCAUCGCGAAAGCAAGCAUUCUGAAGGGGAUGAAGCAGAACAACUAGCGAGUCGUUCAGACGCAGGAGGAGCCGAGGAAGAGCGAAACUCCACCUGCAGCCGCAGUGAGCCUGAAGAGACACUCGGAGCCCGUGGAGGCGUCAAGCCGCCCGCAGAGUCCUCAGCGUCGUUGCCAACAGUUCCGCCUGGCGCCCAGCGAGGCGACCAAGGUUCCAGAGCCGCCGGGCGGCCUCCUCCGGUCUCCGCGCACAACCGAGCCGCGGGCCAAAGAGGGCCGUUCGCUCCUUCCGUCUCCGCGGCGUCUCUGUGCGAGACGAUCGACCUCGCGGGCGACAUGCGGCCGCCGCGGGCGAUGCCCAACACGCUCCUCCGCGUCUACGCCCUCGGACUCGACAGCUUCGUCUGGACGUGUGUACUUCUUCAGCUGCGCCUGCGAAGGUUCCUGAGAGCUGUGCAGCGGUCGACGAUCCUCGGCGUCGCUUACGCGCCCGCCAGUCUCUGGCGAGCGGCGCGGGGUUCGCCGUAUCUGCACUUCGAGUUUGACUUCUCGGGUCUCGUCCCGGAGAGGGCGCGGGCGAAGCUCAAGCGCCCCUGGGACGUGUAUCUCGCGGCACGUCCGGUCGUCGAGGGCGCGUCGGAGGAAGGGCAGGAAUGGGCGCGCGAGGCCCGACGGCCAGCGGGCGCGGCUGACACGGUCGCGGAUCCUCGGGGCGACUCGGCGGCGGUUCCAGAAGGCGGUGAACGCGACGGGGAAGGACAGCGCGGCGACGCGGCGCCCGUCGACGAGCGAGGUGAACACGCGGGAGAGCGACAGGCACUUUCAGAGCAGGGACCGAGAGAGACGGAGAGGCAGUCGCCGAGACAGAAGCGCAUCGACGAGGCCCUCGCAGAGCUGCGCCGGCGCGUCUGGGGGCCGCAGGGGCUCUUGACUGCGGGCGGCCUCUCGCUGGUCGAUCUCUCGCCUGACCUGCAGAGCGUCGAGGAGCAGCUGGAGAGACUCAGCGAGGCGGAGGGCCGCCACGCGGCAGCACGAGCGAAUACCGAGGCAAGCCGACGGCGCGAAGCGAAGGCGGAGCCGGAGGAAGAAGGCAGAAGUCACACGGCGCAGGACGACGCGCGGGAAGUUGCCGCAUCCCGAGUCCGACUCGGGGCGGCAGCCGUCGACGCCUCCGCAGGCAACUUGGGGCGAGAGAGAGAAGCGGAGUCCGCCGCGCAGUCACGCGGAGACGAGGAGGAAUCUCGCUCUCCGGAGAGCGGGGCGCAGUCACGCGGAGAAGGUGGCGGCCACGGCAGCGUCAGCGGUCUCCGGGGAGCAGACCGGAUCACCGUCGCCAGGCGGAUGCAUCCUCCGCGUGAGCCGCGCUCUAGUGAAGGUGCCGACAGAGAGGACAGAAUGAAUCUCUCUCUCGGCCAAGUCCGGAGAGAGGCGCUGCUUGCCCUUCUCGAGAGGAAGCUGCUGGAGGAAUUCGCGCCUUGUGCGAAGCGGAGUCUGCUAAUCCUCACGUUUGUCGCCGCCGAGGCUGCGAAGGCGAACAUGAGGCCUCAGCAUUCUGUUGGGCGUUUCUCCACGGAUGGGGAUAGCCGGCGGCUUUUCCUCUGCGGACGAAGAGAGCGACCGGAGGACGAGGAGGCGCUUCUCGAAUUCGUUCUCUCUGUCAAGCAAUUCCUACGCCCAGAAGCACAGCCAGAGGGCCGCGUGCCUGUGAGCGACGUUCGCCUGAUGAGCUGUCCUCUGUCGCCCUCGUUGUCAGUCGUCCCGUCUCCCUUCGUUUCUUCGCCCUUCGGUUCUGCUCACUCGGGCGACCUGCUGGCGCUGACGGCCUUAGCCGAGGAGACGUUCGGCGUCCUCUCGUGCUGCCUGCCUACCUCGUCUUCCGCAGCCCCCGCCCUUCUUCGUUCUCUCGCUGCGGCUCUCUCUGCUGCUGCGGACGGCCUCGACUCGGAUCCUCCGCCUCAUUUCGGCUCGACUACGUCCGCUUCCGCACCGUCUCUCGCGGGUCCUGGCGCCGUCGCGAGGGCCGAGGGCGAGGCGCCUGCGCUGGUGGCGAUACAGUUUGUGGGGUGGCGAGAGGCAGAUGUGGAGGCCGCUUUCGCCUUUUUGUUGACCUUCGCGGCGACGGAGUUGAGGCCGGAGGCACUCCACGACGAGGAAGAGACUCCGAGUGCAGACGCGAGCGCCUUGACCCCUUCUUGGCUGCUGAGCCGGUGGGCGCGACAACGGCAGGGGAAAGAAGAGAAGACCCCGCAAGAUGCAAUGCUGGCAAAGGGACGGGGCGAUGACGGGCAGGAAGGAAGCGUGGAGAGGCGACUAGGGAGCAGUGUGAGAGAGGAUCAGAGGGCAGUUACUCUGCAUAAGAGCCGCCUGCUUUCGCAGGCUUGUCUUGCGGCGCCUGGCCUCGAAUCUACCAUCACUCAGGUGCCGCGUGCACUGUUGCCGGUGCCUCUCCAGGCGAGUGUGCCGGCGCUGCGGGCGUUUUUUUGCGACCCGCGGUUCGGUGUUCGAAGCACCUGCGAGGCCAUUCUACACUUCUUCGGCGGCUCGCUUUUGGAUCUCGAAUGGGAGUUCAGCACUCACCCGGUGCUUUCGCCCGUCUGCUUUCGCUGUGCGGCGUGCGUCGUCUUCGCGGUGCUCGAGGCGCUGGGCUUCUUUUUUCUCCUCCUCUCCUCGCAGCUGGACUUUGCGACUCUGCCGGUCUCGGCGGACGUUCUGCAGGUGCUGCGCGCCGAGGAACGGCGCGCGAACAGGCGCCUGCUGGCGGAGGCCCGGGGCGAACGCAGCAGCGGGAGGAGCGCCAUGCCCGAUGGGCGAGUUUCUGAACUCGAGGUGCGAAACGAAGAAGCGGACAUUCUGCCAGGCGCCCACGGUGAAGGAGCAACGCAGCCAGCCGGUCAACAGCUCGCGGGAGAGGAAACGCGGCUGACGCUGCAGGCAUCCGAAGAAGAAGGCGCGAGGGAAGGAGGAAGCAGCAGAGCCGUGCAGGCUCGCAGGGCGCACCCGGCGGCGAGAGAGACGUUGCGCGGCAAGCAGAGGAAGCGGGGAUGCGGGUCAAAACGAGCCACGAGAGAACUCAAGCGAGAAGCACACGAGUCAAAAACGGGAGAGCGAAGAGAGACACAAGCAGAACUCGGCAGAGAGAGAACGGCUGGCGAGUUGAGUGAAGCCAAAAACGAUCCUGCAUGUCUUCCGCUCGCUUCAGAGAAAGCCAGGGAAGAUGACGUCGAGGCGGAAGGCCAGGCCAAUGCGAACGACGACGCGCAAAAGACCAACGCUGGCGCUGCCGGUUCCCUCCUUUCUUCCCUGCCUCAGCCCGCGUCGCUCGCGGCAUGCGAGGCGAUCCUCCAUGAGAUCAACGACAAGGGCGAAAGCCGCGAGCGCGUGUCAGGUAGUUACUGCGCCGUGCAGGCCCGACAAUUAAGCGGUGUAGUACCUUCUCGGUCCGCUCCCGCUCGCUCUGCUGUGUCUCUUGUCUCUCAUGUGACGCCCCCUCGAACGUCAAACGAGAGCGAAAGCCUCGCGGGUCGCCUCGCUUCUAUCUCCCCCUUGUCGCACGCGUCCUACUCUCAGCCAUUCUUCUCUCCUUCCGCCGCUUGGGCCGUCUCCACGCCCGCUGGUUCUGUCUCUGCGUCGCUUUUCGCCGCGCUUCGGCUUGUAUUCGAGUGCGAGCCCCUGUAUCCGCCCUGCCAGUUAGCUGCGAUUAGCAGCUCCCUGGCUCUCGUCGAGGGACCGUUCUGCGGAGUCCUCGGGGGGAGGCUGACGUGUCCGCUGCCGCCCCGCCUUCGGCUUGAGGAUGAAGCAAACAGUCCAUCCGACGACGCGAACGAAGACGACGAGAGCGAGGCGACGCGUGAAGAGUUCGGGUCGGCGAACACAGAGGACGCCUUGCGAGGCAGAAGAGAAGGCAACUGGCGGGAUGCAGAUUUCCAUCCUGGAGAGGAGAUGGGGCGGCGAGGAGAAGGUGCUGGAAAUGAUACCCGGCCUCUACAUAUCUACCCAAAGGCCGGAGCGAGGACGGAUGCAAUGUCGCUAAGCGCCUCAAGAGAGGUGACAGUGUCGAUGUAUAACCCCAAUGACAUUCCCGUCGACUUGUUUCUGCUGAUUGCGCCGUCUCGCGAUGCACUCCAAUCCCCUCCUCUCUACGACCGGCUGAUUGCUGCAGCCUCAGCCAUGGCGAGAGUGGAAACAGAUGUAUUUCUUGUCUCUGGCGUCCCAUUCGGCCUUUCACCUCUCCCUCGGUACUCGCCCAACGCCUGGCUCGCUCCCACGACUCCCUCAGUAUCACGCCCCUCUUCCUCGCGUCGCUCGUUGUCGCCCUCUGGGCCUUCCUUGUCAACGGCUUUCUCCGCCGCUUCUGCUUCAGUGGCGGCGUCUGCUCAGCCUGCGCGGCCUGCGCUACGGUCUUUGGCGUCGAUUCCAUCUUCUUCGUCUCCGCCCUCGCCUCCAGCUAUGGCAACCGUCCCAUCUUCGCCUCCCGGCGCAGUCUCCUCGAGAAUGGAGCCGGAGCGGCUCCAGCGAGACACACAUAGGCGGAAACGCGAGGAGGCGAGGGACGGCGCGCAGGCAGAAAUCCAGGACAGUGAAGAACGUGUCUCUCGCGAAACAGCAUGCGAGACACAGGAUCCACAGAGCAGAUUCACGGAGCUUCGCGGCGAGGCUGAACCCCCCAACCAAGGCAAAAACGCCUUCGAUUCUGACUCAAGUCCCAGUCCAGCCCCCCCGCGCACCUCCACGGUUGCUGCGAGCGGCGACAGUCAACGUAGCGACCCUCCCCCGUCGCUCGUUUCCGCUUCUUCCUCCGCAUCUUCCUCCGCCUCUUCAACCUCGCCGAGUUUGAGUCCGCUGGCGUUUUUGCCAUCGCGGCUUCUUCGGGGCUUCGUUUGUCGCCUCGGGGCCGGCUGCGGUCAGCAGGGCCGUCGAUGCCCAGCUCAGAGCUGCGAACACGAGAGGCGGGCGGUUCGCCGCUUUGAGUCGCUUCUAAACCUCGUCUUUCCUCCAGGCGCCGAUAAGAAGGACGUGCCUCGCAGCGAAUUCGUCAUUCCCUUCGAGCUCGGCGGACGGUUCAUAGGCCCCGAAGGCCGGCAUAGAAGACACCUGAUUGGGCGCACGCAAGCCUUCAUUUCGGUGUUGAACGAGCGCUACAGAGGCCCUGACGGCCGCGCCUGGCGGCGCCUGGUUGUCGGCGGCGAGUUCGCCGCGCGGGUUGCAGCUGCCAAGGAAAUCUUUCGCAUUUUGCAGUGGCCUCCAGGCGAAGCCCACCAGCCCGCGACGGGUGCAGGAUCUCGAAGGAGCGAUCGAUCCCACGCUAAGGAUCCUUCCAAGGUGCUGCUGGAGCUUCUCAGCCUUCGGGAAGUUCCGCGCGCGCGUCUGCUAGGGCGCGAGGAGACCUGCGCACCGCCACACAGCGCGCGGCCUGGCGGACUUCCGCAGAACCUAGCGGCGACGGAGAUGCCGUUGAUUCCGUUUGACCGCGCGCUCGGUCUCUUCUUUCGCGGCGUCUCGGCGCGACUCCUCGACGUUUCCUUUCGGCUUUGCGUGAGCGUGGAGCGCGGUGCCGACCCCGGCCGCUUCGAAAGCCCCCUCGUUGACGCAAAGCGCCUCUGCGCGAAUCUCGCGCGCCACGAGCUGAGCCUCGUUAGCCUCGAGCUCCUCGACCCUUCAAGCUGCUCGCGUGGCGGGCAUGCUGAUGCGAAGGCGACGCGUGUGCGUGCCGGAAUAGACACCCGCGACGACGGGGACGUACAAGACAGGCCGCCAGAGCGCGGAUGCAGGCGAGAAGACAGAGAGCGACUCGAGCAAGCAAAGAAGCGUGUUCACAGCGAGGAGCUCGCGAGUGAGACGUACCAGGUGACACUUCGCGGGACGCCUGAGGCACUAAACCGCCAAGGCGAAGGCGCCUUCGCGUUCCUGCGGUCGUCGCGUUGCGAGGUUCGCUUCGAAGACAACCUCCAGUGGUUCGCCUUCCUGCCAGACGACGGCAGCCGCAGCUCCGGUGCCGCAGGUUCCGCCGAAGCCCCGCGCAAGGCGGAGGCACGUCCCGCGCAGGCCGACUCGAAGCAUCUCUCGGAAAGCGAGAUAAAUGUUGGACGCCUGGAGAGGGCAAACAUUUUUCUGGCGGGCAUACACGCGGGGGACGCGGCGGCGUCAUGCUGUCAGGCCACCUCGGUGUCUGCCUUUUCGUCUUCGCGUGCGCCCUGGAGGCGGCUAGACCCCCCGACAGAAGCGCUGCUUGAGGGCGUGUGGGACGCCUUCGAGGAAGGGAUCGACUGGAACGGGCAAGGCGCUGCGCUGCUGCGCGUCGGCGGCGAAGAGUACGUGUUCCACGUCGCGUCUUGCACUGGGUUUCGGGUGAGGCUAGAAGAAAGGAAGGCGGGAGACGCCGAGGUCAGCACGUCAAAGAGCGGAUUCCGCGGAGAAGACGUGAAACAGAGGGAACGCGAGAGAGACGCAGAGACAGGAGGGCGACAGGAGAGGGAGAUCCCAGAGGCCGGAGACAGCCCAGAGACGGCGCACACCAGGGGGGAGGCUCCACGUGAGGCGGCGACGGGCGAUCGACAGACAGAAGGCGGAGGUGCAAAGGAAGAAGCGCGCGAGGAGACGGCGAGCGAGGCUGCCUCACAGAGACAGCGCACAGAGACUGAGUUGGACUUCAGAGAUCGCGCAGGACUCAUCGUGACACUGGGGGCGGAUGGCGGCUUCGAGGAUCCAAUCGAAAGAGCAGGGGAGGCGCCCGAGCUGAUCGAACGCUCAGCCGAUGCGCUGGGCGCACACGAGAGAGUCGCAGACGCGCCCAGAGAGGCGGAUGACAUGGCUCCGCCACACGUACCUUCCUCAACGGUGCAGUCCUCGCCAGAGACAGGUGAACAGCAGGCAGAGGGUCAAGAAGCGCCCGCGCAACCUCGCGGAGCGGAAUCAGGUUCUCUCCGCCAGGGCCGCCCUGGCGAAGACACGAGCCUUGUCCUGGCCACCUCGUUGACGGCUGGCGAGACAGCAGCCGCAGCAAACGAGAAAGUGCUUGAGUCCGACAGAGCACCGUCUUCUCUGUUCUUCUCGCCCGACUUGAGUCAGUCUCCCUCCGCGUCUCCGUGCCCCUCUUCCUCUGUCUCUGGUCCCUGCGCGCCCUCGUCGGUCUCGACGUCCGCCUCCGUCUCCUCGUCUGCGUUUUCGUCCACCGCGUCGUUCCUUUCGUGCCCGCCCGCGGCCUCCUUCUCCUUCGCAUCUGCUGCGUCCUCCUGGCCUUCCUCUCCGCCGUCUGCGUCGAGAACUCUGCGGCCGAUUGGGGGACGCUCAUUCGCUGAGCGGUGCGGAGAGGAGCCCGUCGCUGGCGACCGUCCGCCGUGGCCUCUCCCGUCCAUGAGCUCUGCGAAGCUCUCCACUAAGGCGAGCGCGAGCGUCUCGCCCCCGCCCUCGCCUUCUCCCAGCGCCUCUCAGGCGCCCGCGCCGCAUCGACUGGGGCUUCCUUCGUCCGUUCCUUCUGACGCGGAGGCGACGCGCGUUUUGCCAUCCCCUUCCCAGCUCCCGGGAGCUGUCUGGCCUCCGCCCCGCAUGCCGACGGACGCCGAGGCUGCGCUGCAGCGUCUCCACUCCGUCCGCCGACUUCCACGGGUUUCGAGGGGCCUUGUCAGCACACAGGGCUUCCUUCGCGCGCAGGUGGAGUCGUCGCUGGGAGCUCUGUUGGCGCAGCCGCGGUAUUCUCACCUGCGGCAGUUCCGCUUUUCAGUGGAUUUCUCUGCUUCGCCUCUUCACUUUGUCAGGGUGAAAAUAGGGCGAAAGCACGCACCGCCGCCCGGGGAGCAAACGCUGCAGCGGCAAGCGGUAGGGGGCCUUGUGAAGCGGAGUCUCGACGACGUUGCGGCACCGUGGAGGCGGCCGAGUGAAGGCGAACGCAGAUACUCGGUUUCGCCGAAUCCGCACGGAGACGAGGCGAAUGGCAAGUGGGAGGCGGAGGGCAAUGAAACCGACGAGGAGGCGACAGACGGCCGCCAGCGAGAGACAGCGCCGUCGGGCGAAACGCUAGAGCCGGGCGCGAGCGCGGACGGAAUGGAAGAAAUCUUCGAUACUGGAGUCAACGCAGUCAGGGCAGUUGAAGAUUCGGCAACUGUGAGGGAAACGAAACACCGCGGAUUCGCACCGGCGUCUGCAGAGGCGGCGUCUGCAGAGGCGGCGUCUGCGGAGGCGUUGCCCGCGGCGCGGCUCGACGAAGCGGGCGCCGCCAACAUCGGUGAGCGCCGAGAAGACAUAGAGGAGGGUGGGCGGUGGAGGCAGUUCGAGGACUUCGACGAAGGCCGCACAUGCGCGAGCAUCCUGCGAGAGCGCCGACAAGCCAUGCUGCGAAAUUUCCUGUGA